AUGCAAACUUCCACCGAAAAUUGGUUUGAACGAGAUCUAGAUCCAGUACCAGCAGAUCCAUGGAUAGGUAUUUUAAAUGCUACUACUGAGCCACCAGUGUGUAUUCAGAAGAAUUUGUUUUAUUAUCAACAAGCGGAUAUUCUUGUCGGUGAAGAGGAUUGUCUAUAUAUCAAUGUAUAUAAACCAAGAAUACCAAAAAAAGGUGAUCGAGAACUGCUUCCAGUCAUGUUUUGGAUUGCCGGUGGAGGUUAUUUUGCGGGUUCGGGAGGUUUAAGUUUAUACGGUCCCCAUUAUUUGUUAGACAAGGAUAUAGUUCUAGUUACCCUUAAUUACAGACUUGGAAUUCUUGGUUUUUUAAGUACUGAAAACGAUGACUUACCUGGUAAUUAUGGUACGAAAGACCAAGUUUUAGCACUAAAGUGGGUCCAAAAAAAUAUUGAUACAUUUGGCGGAGACCCAAAAAAAGUUACAUUAUUUGGACAAAGUGUUGGAAGUGCUUGUGUUGGUUUACAUUUGUUAUCACCAAUGAGCAAAGGGUUGUUUCACAAAGCAAUCAUGGAAAGUGCAUCACCAUUAAACCUUUGGGGUGUAUCUCCACCAGGAUGGGCGAAACGAAGAGCGUCUGUUAUUUCAAUUAUUGCUGGAUGUCCUGAUGAGCCAAAACAAAUGGUUGAAUGUUUAAAAGAAAUCCCUGCGAAAGUAUUGGAGUGGAAAAAUAACCCGAUUAUAAGUAUGAUGCCUGUUGCAGAAAAAUAUAAUUGUUCAAAAGAAUCAUUUUUGUGUGAUUAUCCUUUACUUUACUUUGAACAAUUAACAAAAGUUCCCGUAUUAAUUGGAAUGAACUCUGGAGAGGGUGGCAUUUUUGCUUCUCGUGAGUAA